UUUCAGAAAAUGCCAGUAAUAGUUGUCAAUGGAGAUUCGGAUUUUGACCGCAAGUUCUCCGCGGGCAACGGGAAAGCGGUUUUUGUGGAUUUUACAGCAUCCUGGUGCGGCCCAUGCCAGUACAUUGCGCCGAUCUUCAGCGACUUGGCCAAUCAAUACAAAGGCUCCGUUUUUCUAAAAGUUGACGUGGAUGAGUGCCGUGGAACUGCCGCCACGUACGGCGUCAACGCAAUGCCCACAUUUAUCGCAUUUGUGAACGGGCAGAAGAAGGCGACGAUUCAAGGAGCCGAUGAGAGUGGACUGAGGAGUAUGGUGGCUAAAUAUGCGUCGACUAGUGCCGCAUGGUCUGGAACUGGACAACGUCUCUCCGGCUCCACGACCGGCUCAAGCUCUUCCACGUCAUCAUCAGCUCCACCAAGAGCCUCCGGAGCUGCUCCACCACCCGCGGGACCAAAUCCUCUGGAGCCAGUUUUCCGCAUAAUUGAGACAAUUAACGAGCGCCUACAGGGAUUCGGGAUUUCUGGAGUCAAUUUCGCCGGUUUUCAGCUUCAACCAUUCCAUUUGUUGCUCGCCAUCGCACUUCUCAUCAUUUUCGGGCCAUUUGGGCUUCUGAUCGCCCUUGCCGUCUGCUUUUUCACUCAACCACGUGGAGGAGGACCGGCUCCGGGAGCUCCGAGAGCUGGUGGAUCGGGAGCUGGCGGAGCACCAAGACCACCACCACCAGCUGGACCAAGAGCUUUUGGAGGAAGUGGACAGCGACUUGGAGGAAAUUAAUUUUAAACAUUGUGAAUUUUCUUGAGGGUGGCGACAUUAUUUUGAUAUGAAAAUUGAUUGAAAAUUUGAAUUUAGACCUAAAAUCCUGACAUUUUCGCUGAAAAUCAUGAAGACUAUGUUUUUUUCCGGAAACUUUUGUCGAAAAAUUGACUUUUCUAUGGAAAAAGCGAUAAAUUAUCGGAUUUAAAACCUAAAAUUUGUCUAAAAAUUGAUUUUUUCUGUCAAUAAUUGUGAAAUAUUGCCUGAAAAUGAUUGAAAACCGAAAUUUUCGUCAACAUUACUGUCUUUUCCAACUCAAAAAUUUAUGAUUUUCACGGCGAAAAAUUGACUUUUCUUCAUAAAAAUCCGUUUUUCAGCUUGAAAGCGGUGUUAUUUUGUGAAAUUUCAACUGAAAAAUUGACUUUUCUAUGUGUAAAUCAAUUUUUUUUGUCUAAGAAAAAAUCAUUUCUUCAAUUUUCGACACUUUUAAAGUGUUUUAAGUGUUAAAAAUUGAUAAAAUUAUAUAAAAAUCAAUUUUUUUAAACUAAAAUUUUAAUUAUUUCUGUGAAAAAAUUCACUUUUUCUACAUUUCUACGUCAUAUAAAAACUAGAAAUUCCUCUUUUUUGUUUCAAUUGAUUUUCAACUUUUGUUUGACGAUUUUCAGUAUUUUUUGCUCAAAUUUUCACCAAAACAGCUCCAAAACCUUUGAAAUCUUGUCGUCACCCUAAAAUACCCCCAAAAUGUGAUUAUUUUACACUAUUUUCCCCCUAAAAUAUGUACUUUUUGUCCUAAAUAUUCCCCAUUUUUCCCCCAAUUUUAUUGCUGUAUAUUCUUAAUUUAAUUAAUUAAUUAUUUUUUCCACAU